AUGACCGGUCGGCCUCGAUUUAUGGACUACUUGGAUAUAAUCUACACUCUACAGGUUGUGGUCAUCACUAGAGAAGACAAGCUCUUCUCAAAAUCUCAAAAGGAAUUGAAGAAAGCUUACACGGAGAUUGUCCUAAACACGGCGAAAGAAUCAGCGGCUAGGGUUAUGGUUUCCGACAGAAGAUCAGCUCGGUUUCACCACGAUCUCUCGGAAACGAAAGGGGAAGCUCUUCGUCUGCUUGUCCGAUUGAAACAUAUGAUUGCUGCUAAGACAAUUGAAGCAGAUGUUAUAUCAGCAAACAAGCAACGACAGAUUGAUUUGCUUGAAGCUCAGCUUCAUGAGGCUGAGGAUAUUAUUACUGACCUUAGGUCUGAGGUUACAUGGGUUAGAGAUAGAUUGGAGAAAGCUAAGGCUUUUCAGUCUCAGGAACGGAACUUUGUGAACAUUGAAGAAGAAGAAACUGUUUCUGUUCAUCAAGAGGUUGUUCUUGAAAGCUUGGUUCCUGAUCAAGAGGAUCGUAGCUCAUUGCAUGAUGAUGUUGAAUGUGAAAAUGAGGAAAAGCAUCUUGACGGGUUAAGUGUGGUUGAUACUUUACAGGCAUAUGAGUUGCAGGAACAGAACGUUGUGAACAUGGAAGAAGAAAUGGUUUCUGUUGAAAAGGUUGUUCCAGAGGUUGUUCUUGAAAGUGUGAACCCUGAUCAAGAUGAUCAUAGCUCAUUGCAUGAUGAUGAAUGUGGAGAUUUGAAGAAAGCAAAGGCUUCUGAGUCGCAGGAGAGGAACCUUGUGAACAUGGACGAAGAAAUGGUUUCUGCUGACAAGGUUCAUCCAGAGGUUGUUCUUGAAAGCUUGGUUCCUGAUCGAGAGGAUCGUAGCUCAUUUCAUGAUGUUGAAUGUGAAAAUGAGGAAAAGCAGUUUGACGGGCUAAGUGUGGUUGAUACUUUACAGGCCUAUAAGUCACAGGAACAGAACGUUGUGAACAUGGAAGAAGAGAUGGUUUCUGUUCACAAUGUUGAUCAAGAGGUUGUUAUUGAAAAUGUGAACCUUAAUCAAGAGGAUCAUAGCUCAUUGCAUGAUGUUGAAUGUCAAAAUGACGAAGAUUUGGAGAAAGCUAAGGCUUCCGAGUCCCAGGAAAGGAACCUUGUGAACAUGGAAGAAGAAAUGGUUUCUGCUCAGAAUGUUGAUCUAGAGGUUGUUCUUGAAAGUGUGAACCCUGGUGAAGAGGAUAGUAGCUCAUUACAUGAUGUUGAAUGUGAAAAUUUGGAGAAAGCAAAAGCUUCUGAGUCGCAGGAAAGAAACAUUGUGAACCAUGAAGAAGAAACGGUUUCUGCUCAAAAGGUUGUUCUUGAAAGUUUGAAACCUUAUGAUCAAGAGGUUGCAGAUACGUGCUUCUCUCUCAAGACACAUGUUGUUGAAUGUGAAAAUGAUGAAAAGCAUAUCGACGAGUUAAGUGUGGUUGAUACUGUGAUGGGAAACGAUGUUUGUGAGUCGGAGUUGGAUGGUGAUAUCAGAAUCAAAAAGCUUGAGCUGUCUAGAAAUGGUUGUACACAAAGGAUCCAUGCUUUGGAAAGGAUAGUUCUGGAGAGGAAAUCAUCUUCUUCUGCAGAUGAAGAGGAGCAAGAAGUCACGACUGAAAAGAACAGUGAAGAAAGCUUGAGCUCAGGAAAAGCUGGCACUUUGGGAAACACAAGAUGUCUUGUUCUUGCUCUUAGAGCUAGUAGUGCAGAGGUGGUAACACUGCCGUCUAACGUAUUAGGAAUCAAGAAAGCUAGCAAGUCUCGUGCAAGAAGGAGAAAGAGAAGGUUUGGCAAACCAAAAGCUAAAUCGGUUAGGACUCAAAGUCAUCAGCUUAUAAAGCCUUGUUGUCAGUCUCAGUCUAAUGCUACUUGUUCCAAGACAUCUACUUCAGAUGGCGAAGAUUCCAUGGAGACGCAUCUGUCCGUAGAGAGUAAGGAGGUGUUAGUAAGUUGUGAAGGUGGAGAAGAUAGUGUGGUUCCAUCUACCAAAACGGCUUCUAAUUUGGUCAAUCUGAAUUCUGACUCUAAAGUUACUGCAGUAGUAUCAGAUCAGAUCAGUGAGUCUCCUCCAAGAGCCAAUGUAAAUCGAUUUCUGAAGUACACAUUCCAAAGGAAACGAAAGAGAGGAUCUGCAAAUAUACACGAAGAUAGUAAUAACCUUCCAAGGAAACAUCAAGAAAACAAAGCUCAAGACCAAACUGAAUCCACUUUGAAGUAAAUGAACCAUCUAUAGGAAACCCACGACUAGCCAUGGUUGCCACAUAUCUUAAAUCCUUGUCUGAGAGGUGAUGGUAGACUGACUAAUCUUUGUGCAAGGGAACACUUAGGAACAUAUACAUAUAAAUAUCAACUAAAAUACUUUAGCUGAGAAGUAUGUACUUAUUAUCUCUUUUGGCACCUUGUAGAUUAUAUUUGAACUUUCUAGGUUACUUGUGACAACAACCCAAUGU